AUGUUGACUUUCAAGUCCCUCGCACUUCUUUCUACACUGCCAUGUGUUGUGUUGGGUGGAAAAAACCGCCAGGGAUCGCAGAACUUCACUCUGUAUGGAUACAGUCGUCAAUUUGGUGGAAAUCCUUUGGUCUUUAUGGACGGGUAUGCAUAUCUUGUAGAUGUAGAUGAGCUUAACGUUACCAAUCCUACAAUUGUGCGAUUUACAUCUGAUUCCAAAAACGAAUGGUUCGCUUCACCGAACACAACUACAUCAGUGGAGUCACCAUGGCUGAACACAACAUUUUCUGUUCCAACACCCCAAACCUCCGAUCGUCGUGUAGGCUUCAUCAAUGGCAACUCAACAUCUGGGAACAGAAUUACCUCUGGCUUUCGGCUCUUUGGCUCAUUGGCGACACUUGUUACAUCUGAUGGCGAGUUAGAGUCUUUGUGGACUGGGCUUGAUGUUGGACGGCAUUUGUAUGCGUUAUAUUGGAACGAUACGAGCUUGGGUCAAAUUCCGAUUACUUUGACCGCUGUUGCCCCUUCUAAUUUGUCGGACUAG